GAAAAUUUAGAAUAUCAUCAUCGUACCACGGUUGAUUGAUGAAAGAUCGAUUCUAAAAAAGUCUAGCCAAAUCUAAUAUCAAUUGGGAAAAUGUUGGGUGCCGAUGGUAUGAAGCAACUCCAGAAGCUGUUGAAAUCAGGAAACGGAGAAAGUGAUUCUGAAGAUGAGAAUGAAGCAUUCCGGGCCGGAGGUGCUCAGCAAUUAGGUCCGGGAGAUAUCGGUGCAUUAAAGAGCGCUAAACAAAAAAAGAAGCAUAACGAAAAACCCGACGAACACGUGAAAAGCUGUUCGUAUGCUCCGCUACAAAAGCCAGAGUCAACCGGACCCAACACUAUCGAAGAAUGGGAAAAGCAACAGGAAGCAGAAUGUGAAAAUCUACUGGAGUCCCGUCCGCAGCCCGAGUACAAAAUAUCCUACAAGCAAACCGUCGGUACGGAGGACCUUUUCCUACAGAUGAACGGGAAAACUCCCAGUACUGCUAGCUGUGAGAACAUGAUCGUCGAAGUCUUCCUAACCGGCGAAAAGGGAGUUGGGAUACACCACAUCGAUCUGACCGUUCGAGAGCAACAGGUACUGGUCAAAUCACCCAAAUACUUUCUGGAUUUACAACUCCCGCACAGGAUCGAUCCCGACAAGGGAAACGCCGCUUGGCUGUCAGAGGAAAAGAUCCUCAAACUCACGCUCAAGAUGGAACGAGAGUAUGACUUUGUCAACUUUUGAACUUGAC